GUAAGGUAUUGGCGGAAUGUGCGGUGGAGUUGGGUGCGACGGAUUACAACUGGGAACCGAACGCUCCGUGCACGACGGACGAAGGCCUGGUGUGCAACGCUGACGGAACAGUCAACACUAUUGACUUGUCUGGUGCUGGUCUGAAAGGAAGCAUCUGCUCCGUUAUAGGCAACCUCACUACGCUCGUUUCACUCGAUCUGAGCUACAAUUCACUGUCAGGCCCCAUCCCUGCGAGCAUAGGCCAGCUUCCCCUGCUGGAGUCACUUGACCUCUCGUAUAACAUGUUAUGGAGUGCCUUACCUUCCACCAUUGGCUCCUUGUCCAGCCUUACAAACCUCGACCUAGCAUCAAACACCAUAGAGGGCGCCUUGCCUUCUGCCAUUGGCUCCUUAUCCAACCUUAAAAUCCUCGAUCUGGUUAACAACGAUUUCAAUGGAAUAGUACCUGCGUCUCUGAGAGCACUCACGAAUCUGCGUCUUCUUGAUCUGGGGAAAAACUCAUUUUCUGGAAGCUUCCCCACUGUCGUCUCAAAACUAACCCGGCUCUCGUUAUUGUCACUCAUUUCCAACAAGUUUGGAGGAGUCAUUUCCUCGUCCAUCUCUCUCCUCUCGGAUCUCAAAGCAAUUGAUGUGAGCAGCAACAGCUUUAAGGGAGAGAUCCUCCCACCAAUAGCAGCCCUCAGCAACUUAAUCUUCAUCAACCUCGCGGACAAUGAGUUCUCUGGUUCCAUUCCAUCAGAUUUUGGCAGACUCACUGACUUGGAGACCCUAAUACUUAUGUACAACCAGUUCACGGGCAGCAUUCCACAAACUCUCUCUUUGCUCAAGACGCUUACUCACCUUGACUUAGCUAACAACCUCUUUCAAGGCACCAUCCCUUAUUCCUUUGUCACCCUCACCGAUCUCAACAUGAUUGACCUCUCUAGCAACAACUUCCAAGGAACCAUCGCUUCAUUCUUCGCCACCCUCACGAAACUCAGUGUGCUACUCUUCGGUGAGAACAAGUUCUCUGGAGGAAUUCCGUCCCAGUUCGAGAGCCUCACAAACCUCACAUACCU